ACUUUACCUUUACUUCUCCCUUCCAAUCACAUCUCCCCAACCUUCAAACCUAUGGAAUUUUAAUUUUAAUUUUAAUUUUAAUUUUAAUAAUUAUAUAAAUAAUAAUUAUUAUUUCAUCAUCCGUUACAGGAGUAUAUAUACACACAACACACAGAAAUGUAUUUUCCUUGCUUAUUCUUCCAAAAUUAAAAUUAAGAAAAAACAAAGAAACGUUUUCUGGAGGUUGAAACUCAGGCUACCGUGUGCCGCCUUCUCUCCGAUUGUAAAUUUAUUGAAAUCCGUCGUGCAGCGGAGGAGUGAGAAAAUAAAUUAGGAUGGCGAAGAAGAGGAAGUCGACAGCAACGAGCCUGGAUGAGGUUGAUCGAACCAUGUAUACAUCGUUUUGUAGCGCGGCUAACUCUCUUUCACAACUUUACACCCAAGCCAUGAACCACCAGAAACUCUCCUUUCAAGCCGGUGAACGCCAUGGACUUGAAAAGCUUUAUCAGUAUAUUUUGAGACAGCAAGAGGCAGGUGGGAGAGUGGCAACAGUUGAUAUUGUAACUUACCUUCAGAAUGAGCUUGAUUAUUGUGGAGAUGAGCCGUCUAUGUCCCCUCGAGCCCCAGUUCCGCAUCACCAUUCCCAAGCUCCGACACAUUUUGCAAAUACAGGAUUCCUUGUUUCUGGGCCAUCAGCCCAAACACCAGCUGCACAGGCACCGAGAUCUGAGCAAUUUGAUAAUCAGACUAAGAAUUCAGUGUUUUCCAAUGCUUUGUCAAGUCCUGUCCGCAGGACUCUUCAGCACUAUCAGCUAGCACAAGGAGGAUAUUGCGCCAGUGGUGGACCCCAACCUGGUAAUGCUGCAAGAAAUAAUGAAAGCAAUUAUGCACAUAACCAGGUCAGGGAUUCGAACUCAAACGAUUCAUCAAUGGACAUGCAUCAAGAUAGCCCAGGUCCAGAAUCUAACUACUGAUUGUUCUUUAUCCGUCCCAUAAUCUGCUUGCCAUGGCUGAAUUUUUUUGUUCCUUGUGGGAUAGUUUGGUGUCGCUUUUCUGAUGAAACAUAGUUUCUAUAGUGAAGAGAGCAACAAAUUGGGUGAAUAUGCUUUCGGGACAGAAAAUAAAACAUUUGUGCUAUUCACUGGCUCGAGGUGUGUGAAUAGGAUAGGGAAGGGUUAUAUGUCUUUGUUUGUGGGAUGCAUGGCAGAGGUUGUCAGUGCGGUCCAAUGAAUUUAGUGUUUUGUCUAUUUAAUGGUGGUGUUAAAGUAGCAUACUUUCUUUUAAUCAGUUAAGUAGUAUACUUUAUUGAUGUCGAAUUUGGUAAUGUUUGUUGUUGAUUAAUCAGGGAUUUCUGCCUUCUUUAGCUUGUUCAUCUGUACAUCAUGUUUACUAGGGGUACAUUGUGGACUUUGUGGUUUCUUCAUUUCAGAGCCAUAUUGGUAAUUUAAGUGGCUUUUUUUUGUG